GGCGAGCAAGAUGGCGCAGACUCAAGGCACCAAGAGGAAAGUCUGUUAUUACUACGAUGGGGAUGUUGGAAAUUACUAUUAUGGACAAGGUCAUCCAAUGAAGCCCCACCGGAUCCGCAUGACUCACAAUUUGCUGCUUAACUAUGGUCUCUACCGAAAGAUGGAAAUCUAUCGCCCUCAUAAAGCCAAUGCUGAGGAGAUGACCAAGUACCACAGUGAUGACUACAUUAAAUUCUUGCGUUCCAUCCGCCCAGAAAACAUGUCCGAGUAUAGCAAGCAGAUGCAGAGAUUCAAUGUUGGUGAGGAUUGCCCGGUAUUUGAUGGCCUGUUUGAGUUCUGUCAGUUAUCUACUGGUGGCUCCGUUGCAAGUGCUGUGAAACUUAAUAAGCAACAGACAGACAUCGCUGUGAAUUGGGCUGGGGGCCUUCACCAUGCAAAGAAGUCUGAAGCAUCUGGCUUCUGUUACGUCAAUGAUAUCGUCUUGGCCAUCCUGGAACUGCUAAAGUAUCACCAGAGGGUGCUGUAUAUUGACAUUGAUAUUCACCAUGGUGAUGGCGUGGAAGAGGCCUUCUAUACCACAGACCGGGUCAUGACUGUGUCCUUUCAUAAGUAUGGAGAGUACUUCCCAGGAACAGGGGACUUACGGGAUAUUGGUGCUGGCAAAGGCAAGUACUAUGCCGUUAACUACCCGCUCCGAGAUGGGAUUGAUGAUGAGUCCUAUGAGGCCAUUUUCAGGCCGGUCAUAUCCAAAGUAAUGGAGAUGUUCCAACCUAGUGCAGUUGUCCUACAGUGUGGCUCAGACUCCCUCUCUGGGGAUCGAUUAGGUUGUUUCAAUUUGACCAUCAAAGGGCAUGCCAAGUGUGUGGAAUUCGUGAGGAAUUUCAAUCUGCCGAUGCUGAUGCUGGGAGGAGGUGGCUAUACCAUUCGUAAUGUUGCCCGAUGCUGGACAUACGAAACAGCUGUGGCCCUGAGCACAGAUAUUCCUAAUGAGCUUCCAUACAAUGACUACUUUGAGUACUUUGGACCAGAUUUUAAACUUCACAUCAGUCCUUCCAAUAUGACCAACCAGAACACAAAUGAGUAUUUGGAGAAGAUCAAACAAAGACUAUUUGAGAACCUAAGAAUGCUGCCUCAUGCACCUGGAGUUCAAAUGCAGGCAAUUCCUGAGGAUGCCAUCCCGGAGGAAAGUGGUGAUGAGGAUGAAGAAGACCCUGACAAACGCAUCUCAAUCUGUUCCUCUGACAAACGAAUUGCCUGUGAAGAAGAGUUCUCUGACUCUGAUGAGGAGGGAGAAGGUGGACGCAAGAACUCUUCUAACUUUAAAAAAGCCAAGAGAGUCAAAAUAGAGGAUGAAAAAGAGAAAGACCCAGAAGAAAAGAAAGAAGUCACAGAAGAGGAGAAAACCAAGGAGGAGAAGCCUGAAGCCAAAGGGGUCAAGGAGGAGGUCAAGUAA